AUGAGUACCACUUCCCAGCCAUCGCCCGGACUGUCCAUGGAGCCCCCCAGGAUAUAUGUGGAGAGGACCUUAGCUCUCAUUAAGCCGGAUGUGCUUCACAAAGCAGAAGAGAUCGAAGACAUCAUCUGCAGAAGCGGCUUCCACAUUGUUCGGAAGAGAAAAGUCCAUCUGAGCCCUGAGCAAUGUAGCGACUUUUAUUCGGAACAAUAUGGCAAGAUGUUCUUCCCCAGCCUGACAGCAUACAUGAGCUCAGGACCCAUCAUUGCCCUGGAACUGGCCAGACAUAACGCCAUCGCCACCUGGACGGAACUGAUGGGGCCUUCAAAUAGCUUGAAAGCUAAAGAAACUCACCCAGACAGUCUGAGGGCCAUCUACGGAACUGACGAUCUCCGCAACGCUGUUCAUGGCAGCUAUUGCUUCACUUCAGCCGAACAAGAGAUCCGCUUCAUGUUUCCAGACGUGACCAUUGAACCUGUUCCUACGGGAAACGCUGCAAGUGAUUAUUUGAGCCUUUUUGUGAACCCAACUUUGCUUACCGGACUCACGGAACUCUGCAAGCAGAAGCCAGCCGAUCCCCUGACCUGGCUGGCGGACUGGCUACUGAAACACAACCCCAACAGACCAGACAUUCAAGGAAAGGCCAUUGAAACAUUGGACUGUUAG